AUGUUUUCUUUCAUUGUCUUCUUCCUUUUACUGUUACUCUGUCAUCUUCAACCUCCUGAUUUUGACUACUUUUCUCAUUAUUACAUUCAUUUGGAUUCUUUAUUCACUUUCCUUUUCAUUAUCUUUCUGCAUUUUUUGUUCUUUCUUUCUUUUUGCCUCCUUUUCUAUCUUUCUUUCUAUUUCUUUUUUCUAUCAUACUUCCUGUUUCUUUUUUGUUUCCAUUUUUUCUUCCUUUUUGUUUCUUUUCUUUCUUUUUGUUAUCUUUCUUUUUUACCUUCAUUUUUUUUAUUUUAUUUACUUUUAAAUUAUUUUUACAUUCUUUUGUUUUUUAUCUAUUUUUCUCUUAUUGACACCCCCCUCCCAAUUUUCUUUCUAUUUGGUACCUUUUAUAAUUUCAUUUACUUUAAAUUCUUAAAAUUUUUCCAGGCCAUUUUUUAUUAUGCUAUUGUCUCAUUUUCCCCAGUCUAUAACCAUUUUUUUCACUUUUAA